ACUUUCACUACCCUCUCGCUCAAUCCUCUCUGCUUCUGUCAUUCUCUCUCUAAAAGAUUCUGCCUUCUCUCUCUAAAAGUCCUCUCUCUCCUCCUUCGCCAAACCACGACGCCGUUUCUUCCCACCGUCGACCUCGCCCACCUCGCCAUCACCCGGCGAACUUCCUCUUUCAACUCUUUUUAACGCUUUCAAACACCCCGAACGACAAAACCACCGCUUGCUUCUUCACCAGUUCACGCAGACCACCGCCACUACUACCACCGCUUCACCCAAAUCCGACGAAGGGCGCCACAACACACGUGUGAAUCUUCCUGCACCACCGGUCUCCGCAACGUUUUCCAAAACCCGCUUGACUGAAGGCACGAAGCCUGGAGAGAGUUUUCGUCUGCACCAAUAAGUAAAAGAUUCGAUAUUUUCACUCUGGACUCUGGAGACUGUGGAUGGCAUCUGUGUAGCCAUUAAAGGGUUCAUAAACGAGCAGAACACUAUCGAAAACGGGAUUCCAUCCGAGGCACGAAGACUGGAGAGAGUUUUCGUCUGCACCAAUAAGUAAAAGGUUCGAUAUUUUCACUCUGGACUCUGGAGACUGUGGAUGGCAUCUGUGUAGCCAUUAAAGGGUUCAUAAACCAGCAGAACAGUAUCGAAAACAGGAUUCCAUCUGAGUGUUUCAUUGGUGCAUUAUUGUUGUGAUGGCGUCCGAGGAUGCGUACCUACAACAUCUGGUGGCUGGGCACCGAGUCCCAACUCAGGUGUACAAUCUGUUAACUCCCCUACAAAACGGAUCAACAAUAAUGAAUUCAUUUUUAGUUUCGGUUCCAAGUUUGAAUAUGAGCAUCACUGUUCAUCCGGCAGACUCAGGAUUAAAUUUGGCUCAAAAAAUUAGUGUUGAAACGGGAGAAGACCUGAACCAAUUAGUAAUGGUAACACAUGGUUAUCAUAUUAUGCGUCAUAUAGAAUUAGGAGAAAUUCCGGGGAUUAAAGAUUAUAGAGAUAUAAAUAUAGGGUCAAUGGUUGGUGGAAUGUAUCCAUAUCCUCUGUACCCAGCUGAGUCAACAAUUAGAUACACACUAUUUAUGGAUGUACCAGUAGCUAUUGAUAGGUUGUCUGUAGAAAUGUUUAGCAGUUUGAACGAAUGGGCUGUUGAAUAUUUUGGGACUCCUGCUAGCUUUAGUUUGAGAGACAAAGAGGGUGUGGUGGUGACCCACCCGCAGUCACCCAACAACCAUCCUCCAGCACCCUUCCCACCUCAGCAGCCCCAGCAUCCCACUCUAGCUCCCUCCCCACUUCACCAGACGAAUGACCACCAACCUUGCAUGACCCUCCGACAUAGAUACACACUAUUUAUGGAUGUACGAAUAGCUAGUGAUAGGUUGUCUGUAGAAAUACUUAGCGGUUUGAACGAAUGGGCCGUUGGAUACUUUGGGACUCCUGCUAGGUUUAGUUUGAGAAAUAAGGAGCAUUUGGCGGUGACCCACCAACAGCCUCUCAACAGCCAUCCUUCGGAACAAUGACCGCCUACCCCGCCUGGUCCUAUGACGUAGCCCCCGACUUGCUGAAAGGUAUUAACAGCCAAGUCAGGAGAAGAAGAUUGACGUGAUACAUAGACAACCAAACUAAAAGAAAAAGAAAAAGAAAAAGAAUCAAGUGUUUCCCAUUCGGCAGGGUCAAUUGAAAAGAGUUCCGUUUUGGCAAAUUAUGUUCGUCUGUGGCCGUUGUAAGGUCCUGUUCCAGUUCGGAAGUGUUUGUUGGCUCCUGUUAUGGAAAUGUUGAAGUUUGUCAGGUCCACAAGUGGAGAGAUUCUGACCUAGGCUUUUUUGGUAGCGUGCAGGCAUACUAGGCCAAUUGCGCGUACUUGAUUAUUCAUUGCUUUAAUUGACCGAACCAGUUUUUAUCGGCUUGAUCCAGUUCAAUGUGGAAGCACUUGGGAUAGUGUCUAUGUUGGACUUAAAUUUCUAUGCUCAACUUAAAUGUCUAUGUUGGCCUAGUUUUAAUGUAUUUUUAAGUUCUCCAUCCAUUGAAAGCAGUUGUUUUAUGCUAAGUUUCUCUCUUGUUCCAGAAUAUAAGCAUUGUAGAAAGUAGAGAACUCAUCUGAAAGCUUGAAGCUAUUACAUUUAUUAAAUCUGAAAGCAUUUGUGUUUUCCCAUCUUAGAGAAAAGCCCUCCUCAGUA